AUGGAAGCACCUAGCCAACCACAGAAUACUGCCUCUGUUACUGAAACACGUGUGAUCACCGUCUGUGAGAGUGAAUUGCUGGAAACAGGUCGUCUCAAGAAACACUGUGUUGCUGACACGCUGGAAACAGGUGAUCUCCAGGAAGAUCGUGGUGGUCCUUCAAAGCGAUCACAGUGUGGAAAGUGUGGGGCAACAUUUAUUAAAUCAGGUGCCACGAAAAGGCACAUGCUUUGUCACAGUGAAGUCAAGCUUCAUCAGUGUGAUGAAUGUGGGAAAGGAUUUACUCAAUCAUGCAGCCUGAAGGCACACAUGUGGAUUCACAGUGUAAUCAAGCCUUAUCAGUGCACUGUUUGUGAAAAAACAUUUACACUAUCAGAUGCCCUGCAGAGACACAUGCGAAUUCACACUGGAAUCAAGCCGUAUCAGUGUGUUGAAUGUGGGAAAGGAUUUAAACAUUCACAUCAGCUGCAGUCACAUAUGAGGAUUCACAGUGGAAUCAAGCCGUAUCAGUGUGUUGAAUGUAGGAAAGGAUUUACACAAUCAGGUAACCUGCAGACCAACAUGAGGGUUCACAGUGGAAUCAAGCCUUAUCAUUGCAUUGUGUGUGAAAAAACAUUUACACUAUCAGGUGCCCUGCAGAGACACAUGCGAAUUCACACUGGAAUCAAGCCGUAUCAGUGUGUUGAAUGUGGGAAACGAUUUACACAUUCAAGUAGCCUGCAGUCACACAUGAGGGUUCACAGUGGAAUCAAGCCGUAUCAGUGUGUUGAAUGUGGGAAAGAAUUUACAGAAUCUGGUAACCUGCAGUCACACAUGAAGAUUCACAGUGGAAUCAAGCCAUAUCAGUGUGUUGAAUGUGGGAAAGGAUUUACACAGGCAGGUAGCCUGAAGUCACACAUGAGGAUUCACAGUGGAAUCAAGCCGUAUCAGUGUGUUGAAUGUGGGAAAGGAUUUAAACAUUCACAUCAGCUGCAGUCACAUAUGAGGAUUCACAGUGGAAUGAAGCCUUAUCAUUGCAUUGUGUGUGAAAAAACAUUUACACUAUCAGAUGCCCUGCAGAGACACAUGCGAAUUCACACUGGAAUCAAGCCGUAUCAGUGUGUUGAAUGUGGGAAACGAUUUACACAUUCAAGUAGCCUGCAGUCACACAUGAGGGUUCACAGUGGAAUCAAGCCGUAUCAGUGUGUUGAAUGUGGGAAACGAUUUACACAUUCAAGUAGCCUGCAGUCACACAUGAGGGUUCACAGUGGAAUCAAGCCGUAUCAGUGUGUUGAAUGUGGGAAAGAAUUUACAGAAUCUGGUAACCUGCAUUCACACAUGAAGAUUCACAGUGGAAUCAAGCCAUAUCAGUGUGUUGAAUGUGGGAAACGAUUUACACAGGCAGGUAGCCUGAAGUCACACAUGAGGAUUCACAGUGGAAUCAAGCCGUAUCAGUGUGUUGAAUGUGAGAAACGCUUUACACAGGCAGGUAACCUGCAGAGACACAUGAGGGUUCACAGUGGAAUCAAGCCGUAUCGGUAUAUUGAACUUUCUGGAUUGUAAUCUCAUAAGUGAAUGAGUGUGCAUAACAACUGAUAAAUGAUAAAUCAACAGACGUGUUAUCGGGUAAACGUUAAUCCAUGCAUGGGCUACUGACACCUAGAGAUUGGUGUAUUCCAUCUGCUCUACAUAACUACAGAUAUAGUGGGGUCAAGAUUAGACUUUCUCCAUUUAUAUACAAAUUAUUAUCAUUUGAAAAUAAAUAUCUUCAAGAAGGUGGGUAGCUCAGAUGUUUAUGCUCAUCCAUCAUCAAGACACAUUAUUAUUAUUCAAAAUCUUUCAUGGUCACAACAUCGGAAAACGUUUUGAAAACGGCAAGCAUUUGGGGCCUUUAACCUUUACUAAUUAGACGACAUUGUCAGUUGUAGAAACCAUUUACUAAAAUCGAACCAGACCUUCUGGUAUUCCGUUUUUCGUGGUUUUAUUUUCAUAUUGACGUUUGUCAAUUUCUUUGUCAAUUCAGGAGAUUUAAACUUUACAUUUGUGAGCCUUUUGUGAUAAAGGCUAUAUUCAAGCCUGCGUGGGUACACUCUUAAGGUGUUUAACAUAUAUGAUAUGCAAUUUAAUUACCUGAUUCUGAGGGCCAAUUCUGGAUUCUAUGAACUGAAAUAUAUUCUGUGGCGUAGACUUUUUGAAUUAUCUGUUACUGAUU